AGCGGGGCGGCGGCGAUGGCCACCGUGGUGGUGGAAGUGGACUCGGAGCCCUCCUGCAGCAUCCCCAACCCCACCUCCCCCUCGCCCAGCCUCUCCCACCGCUUCCUGGACAGCAAGUUCUACCUGCUGGUGGUCAUCGGCGAGCUGGUGACCGAGGAGCACCUGCGGCGGGCCAUCGCCAACAUCGAGCGAGGAAUCCGAUCAUGGGACACAAACUUGAUUGAAUGCAACCUGGAUCAAGAACUGAAACUUUUUGUGUCUCGCCAUUCAGCUCGAUUCUCUCCUGAAGUUCGAGGUCAAAAGAUUCUUCACCACAGAAGUGAUGUCUUAGAAACUGUAGUCCUAAUCAAUCCCUCAGAUGAAGCAGUUAGUACUGAGGUGCGCUUAAUGAUCACAGAUGCUGCAAGACACAAGCUCCUUGUACUAACUGGGCAGUGCUUUGAAAACACGGGAGAACUCAUUCUUCAGUCAGGAUCCUUCUCCUUCCAGAACUUCAUUGAGAUCUUCACGGAUCAAGAGAUUGGUGAAUUAUUGAGCACCACACACCCAGCCAACAAAGCCAGCCUAACUCUUUUCUGCCCCGAGGAAGGGGACUGGAAAAAUUCCAACCUCGACAGACACAACCUUCAAGACUUUAUUAACAUUAAACUCAACUCAGCUUCCAUAUUGCCUGAAAUGGAAGGACUCUCCGAAUUCACAGAAUAUCUGUCAGAGUCAGUAGAAGUGCCAUCACCUUUUGACAUUUUGGAACCUCCAACCUCAGGAGGCUUCUUGAAACUCUCAAAGCCCUGCUGUUAUAUUUUCCCGGGGGGAAGAGGGGACUCUGCAUUGUUUGCAGUGAAUGGAUUCAAUAUGCUUAUCAAUGGAGGAUCUGAAAGAAAAUCUUGCUUUUGGAAACUUAUCCGGCACUUGGACAGGGUAGAUUCCAUUCUGCUUACUCACAUCGGAGAUGACAACCUGCCAGGAAUCAACAGCAUGCUUCAGCGAAAAAUAGCUGAACUAGAAGAAGAACAAUCCCAAGGGUCUACUACCAACAGCGACUGGAUGAAAAAUCUAAUCUCACCUGAUUUAGGAGUUGUAUUCCUUAAUGUACCUGAGAACCUGAAGAACCUAGAUCCUAACUUUAGAGUAAAAAGGAGUGUAGAAGAAGCUUGUUUUACUCUCCAGUAUUUAAAUAAGUUGUCUAUGAGACCAGAACCACUUUUCAGAAAUAUGGGAAAUACGAUUGACCCCAUCAUUUUAUUUCAGAAAAUGGGAGUUGGCAAACUUGAGAUGUAUGUGCUUAAUCCUGUCAAAAAUAGCAAAGAGAUGCAAUAUUUUAUGCAGCAGUGGAGUGGUACUAACAAUAAAGCUGAAUUCCUGCUACCAAAUGGCCAAGAACUAGACAUUCCAUUAUCCUACUUCACCUCUGUCUCAUCCUUGAUUGUCUGGCAUCCAGCUAAUCCUGCAGAAAUAAUCCGAGUUCUGUUUCCUGGAAACAGCACCCAAUACAAUAUUCUAGAAGGACUAGAAAAACUCAAACACUUAGACUUCCUUAAACAACCAAUGGUUACACAAAAAGACCUAACUGGGAACAUUGCUAGUCCAGCUGUGAAACAAACAAAGUUGAAACAACGAACAGACAGCAAGGAGAGUCUGAAGCCUGCUGCAAAGACACCACCAAGCAAGCCUCUCAGAAAAGAAUCUAAAGAGGAAACACCGGAGCCUGCAAAGCCUAGUCUGGCACUGGAAAAACCUCAGAAGUUGGAAAGCAAAGAAAAAGUUCCAGUUAAAAAAGAGAAACCAGCAAAACUGGAGACGAAACCUACAGUGGCAGAAAAAGACCUAACAAGUAAAGAAGAACAAUUAAUAAAAUCUGAAACUCCUGAAAAACAAACUACAGAUGUAAAACCAAAAGUGUCAAAGGAGAAGCCAGUGAAAAAGGAAGUCAAAGCAAAACCUGAAGAAAAGAAAGAGGAAAAAAAACCAAAGAAAGAGGUUUCUAAAAAAGAGGAAAAAACACCCAUCAAAAAAGAGGAAAAACCCAAAAAAGAGGAGAUCAAGAAGGAAGUUAAAAAAGAGAUGAAAAAGGAAGAGAAGAAGGACACUAAGAAAGAAGUAAAGAAGGAAGCUCCACCGAAGGAAGCUAAAAAAGAAGCCAAAAAAGAGAAAAAGGAAAUUAAGAAGGAAGAAAAGACCAAAAAGGACAUCAAAAAGGUUCCUAAAGAAACAAAGAAGGCAGCUCCUUCUUCAGCUGAAGCCAAAAAGCCAGCAGCAAAGCCUAAACCACAAAAGAAGGAGGAAACUGCUAAAAAAGAAGCAGUACCUCCUGGAAAGCCAAAGGAAAAAGGAAAAGUUAAGACUGUGAAGAAGGAGAUCAAAGUCAGUGGAGCACAAGCUGCCCUUGCAGCAGUUGGAGUCGCUGCCACAACUGUAGCAGCUGUAGCAGCUGAAGAAAUAACAGCCAGUGGGAAGGAACUUGAAGCAGAGAGAUCCCUUAUGUCUUCACCAGAGGAUUUAACAAAGGAUUUUGAGGAAUUAAAAGCUGAAGAAGUAGAAACAAUGAAAGAAACAAAACCUCAAGUUGGACUUAUAGAGGAUGGACUGAAACUCACUGGCACAGUACAAAAAGAGGCCUUUGAAGUACAAAGAAAAUUAGAUAAUGAAGGACCUGCCGAGUCCUCUGAUGAAGGCAUAACCACCACAGAGGCUGAGUGUGAGUGUGAACAGACACCUGAAGAAUUGGAACCUGUGGAAAAGCACAGGGUUGAUGACAAUGAAAAGUUUGAAGAUGAGGGAACUGGUUUGGAAGAAUCAUCUGAAGCAGGAGAUUAUGAAGAAAAAGCAGAGACAGAAGAAGCUGAAGAACGAGGUGAAGAUGAAGGAAAGACACCACAGGACACCACAAAACCAUAUAUGGACGAACCACGAAAAAUUCAGGAGAGCUCAGAAGAAAUAAUGGCUGAAUCAGAUGCUAACAUUAAAGAUGAAAAGUAUUUUGAAAAGGCAGAUUAUGAGGCAUCAGAUGAACGGGCUGAGGAAGACAGAGAAGAAGCAAUAGAAAAGGCGGAAACUGAAGAGACUGAAGAAGAUGAGGAAGACAAAGCAGAAGACAUCAGAGACGAGGAGGAAGCUGAAAAAAUAGAAGCCGAGGAAGAUUAUGUGAUGGCUGUGGUAGACAAAGCUGCAGAAGCUGGUGAAGUUGAAGAUAAAUAUGGCCUACUCGUAAUUACACCAACAAAACGCUCAGAGCCUCAAUCUCCAGCAGUUGAACCAGCCUCUUCUAUCCAUGAUGAGACAUUACCUGGUGGUUCAGAAAGUGAAGCUACUGUUUCUGAUGAAGAAAAUAGAGAAGAUCAACCCGAGGAAUUCACUGCUACUUCAGGUUACACACAGUCUACCAUUGAAAUAUCCAGUGAACCAACUCCAAUGGAUGAAAUGUCAACACCGCGGGAUGUUAUGAGUGAUGAAACUAACAAUGAGGAAAGUGAGUCACCCUCUCAGGAGUAUGUGAACAUUACCAAAUAUGAGACAUCGCUGUACUCUCAAGAGUUUGGCAGACCUAAACUUUCUCCACUUCCAGAUGCUUUUAAUGGAUUAUCUGAAGGAUCUAAAACAGAAGCUACAGAAGGUAAAGACUAUAAUGCCUCAGCUUCCACCAUCUCACCACCUUCUUCAUUAGAGGAAGACAAAUUCUGCAAAUCUGCGUUCCAAGACGUAUACCGGCACAAAGAAAGUGAAAUCCAAGGCGCUGCCAAAUUAGAAAUCAAAGAACCCUAUCAAGAAGAUGUUGGUGGAAAACUUAGUCCAGCCAAGAGUCCGGCUGACAGUUUGUCCCCUCCAUCACCUGUUGCCAAAACACCACUGAGUGAACGUAGUGUGAACUUUUCACUCACUCCCAAUGAGAUCAAGGUCUCAUCUGAGCCUGUCCCCAUUGCUACAUUGCCUGAUGUACAUCAAGAUGUUGCUGAAGAGCACUGUGCAAGCCCUGAAGAUAAAACAUUAGAAGUAGCAUCUCCCUCACAGUCUGCUGCUGGUAGUGCUGGCCACACACCUUACUAUCAGUCUCCCACUGAUGAAAAGUCCAGUCAGCUUCCCUCUGAAACUAGUGAAAAGUCAACAGAAGCUCCUGUUAGCUUUGAAUUCAGUGAAGUCAAAGAUGAGACUGCAAAACCCAGAAUAAGCCCUAUGGAUGAGCCUGUGCCAGAUUCAGAAUCUCCAAUUGAAAAGGUUCUGUCACCUCUACGGAGUCCACCACUGAUAGGUUCAGAGACCACUUAUGAUACAUUUCUGAGUGCUGAUUUAAAGUCUCCCACAAGAGAUUACCAAAGUCCUUCUGAGGGGAAACCUGAAAAAGAAAAAUCACCUGUUCAUAUGAGCCCAGCUUCUGAAGCCAGCUCUGUGGGCCUUUUCCAAGAAAAGCAAGAUGAAAAAAGCAUGGAGUUUAUGGUAAUUAAGGAAGGCUUCAGCCUAGAAAGGAAAAUGGAGGAUACAGAACCCAGCAGCUCCCAGUCUUCACUGAUCUUGGAUGAGCGGAAGUUAGCAGGUGAUCUCUCACCUACUCAAAUAGAUAUCAGUCAGUUUGGUUCCUUAAAAGAAGAUACCAAAAUGUCAAUUUCUGAAGGCACUGUUUCUGACAAGUCUGCAACUCCUGUUGAUGAGGUUGUAGCAGAAGACACCUAUUCCCAUAUAGAAGGAGUAGCUUCUGUCUCUACAGCAUCUGUUGCUACUAGUUCAUUUCCAGAACCAACUACUGAUGAUGUAUCUCCUUCUUUGCAUGCUGAGGUUGGAUCUCCCCACUCUACCGAAGUUGAUGAUUCCCUUUCAGUGUCAGUUGUACAAACACCAACAACUUUUCAGGAAACAGAAAUGUCUCCAUCUAAGGAAGAGUGCCCAAGACCCAUGUCAAUAUCUCCACCAGAUUUCUCACCUAAAACUGCAAAAUCAAGAACACCAGUGCAUGAUCACAGAUCACCUGAGCAGUCAACUAUGUCAGUAGAAUUUGGUCAGGAGUCUCCCGAGCAGUCUUUAGCAAUGGACUUUAGUAGGCAAUCUCCCACUGUAGGCACCAGUAUACACCAUAUAUCUGAAAAUGGACCAACCGAAGUAGAUUUUAGCCCUUCAGAUAUACAGGAGCCUACUUUUGCACAGAAGAUUUCCCCUGUGGAGCAGUCAUCUUACUCUCAGGAGAAAGAUAUUUCAGAAAUUAUCUCAGUUUCUCAAAUUGAAGCGUCAUCCUCAACUUCAUCAGCUCAUACACCUUCCCAGGUAACUUCACCACUGCCAGAAGAAACCUUUUCAGGUGCUGUUCCACCCAGAGAUAUGUCACUACAUUCUUCUUUUACCUCAGAAAAGGUGCAGAGCCUAGGAGAAAAGCUGUCACCAAAGUCUGACCUAUCUCCAUUAACUCCAAGGGAAUCUUCUCCUCUGUACUCUCCUAGUUUUCCAGAUUCACCUCCUGCAAUCACAGAAGCGGUGUCAGCUAGUCACACACCUUUGUUGUCAUUGCAGGUGUCCUCUGGCAAAGGUUUUGGUUACCAGGAUCCCCUAACAAAGCACAGUCCAGAACCUUUACUCAGCCCAGAAAAAGAAGAUUCAGAUAAUUGCAGCAGGUCACCGGAAGAACUUAGUUAUUCUUAUGAGGCCACAGAGAAAGCUACUAGAUCACCAGAAGAUAUUAGCUACUCCUAUGAGGCAGUUAGAAAAUCUACUAGAUCACCUCAAGCGACAGACUAUUCCUAUGAGACAACUGAGAAAGCUACUAGGUCACCUGAGGCCACGGAUUAUUCUUAUGAGAUAAUUGCGAAAAAUAUGAGGUCAUCUGAGGCCACAGAUUAUUCUUAUGAGAUGACAGGGAAAACCACCAGGUCACCAGGGGUCACAGAUUAUUCCUACGAGACAACAGGGAAAACCAGUAGGUCACCUGGGGACACAGAAUAUUCCUAUGAGACAACAGGGAAAACCACCAAAUCUCCUGAGGCCACAGAUUAUUCCUAUGAGACAACUGGGAAAACCAAAUCACCAGAGGCCACAGAUUAUUGCUAUGAGACCAUUGGGAAAGCUGUGAGGUCACCUGAUAUGGAUUACUCCUGUGAGACAAGGAAAACCACUAAGUCACCAGAAACCAUUAGCUACUGCUAUGAGACAACUGGGAGAACCACAAGGUCACCAGAGUCCAUGGUUUACUCCUAUGAGACAACUGGAAAACCCUCCAGUUCACCUGAAGCCACAGAUUACUCAUUUGAGACAACUGGGAGAGCCAUCAAAUCACUCGAAGCUACCAGCUAUUCCUAUGACGGAAGUGCACAUUUCACUCCAGGAAAAACAUUAGCAGAAUCCCGUCAAGAUGUUGACUUAUGCCUUGUGUCCUCUUGUGAAUAUAAACAUCCCAAAACAGAACUGUCACCCUCAUUUAUCAACCCAAACCCCCUUGAGUGGUUUGCAAGUGAAGAACAGUCUCAAGAUCAAGAGAAGCCAUUAACUCAAUUUGGGGGAUCUCAACCACCUUCUGGGGGAAAGCAGCAAGGGCGGCAGUGUGAUGAAACCCCUCCCACAUCUGUGAGCGAGUCUGCCCCAUCUCAAACUGAUUCAGAUGUUCCCCCAGAGACUGAGGAAUGUCCUUCCAUCACUGCAGAUGCUAACAUUGACUCGGAAGAUGAGUCAGAAACCAUUCCAACGGACAAGACAAUUACAUACAAACACAUUGACCCACCACCUGUGCCAAUGCAGGAUCGCAGCCCUUCCCCUAGGCACCCUGAUGUUUCCAUGGUUGACCCAGAGGCUCUGCCUGUUGAUCAGAAUUUAGGUAAACCUUUGAAGAAGGACCUCAAAGAAAAGACAAAAACAAAAAAGCAAGGUACUAAGACCAAGUCGUCUUCUCCUGUUAAAAAAAGUGAUGGUAAAUCAAAACAAGUGGCUUCACCAAAGCCAGCUAUAAAAGAAUCUUUAGACAAAAUUUCCAAAACAGCUUCUCCAAAAAAGAAGGAGUCUGUGGAGAAGGCAACCAAAAAUAUGUCUAAUCCAGAAGUAAAGUCUCGAAUGGAAGAGAAAGACAAAGACACGAAGAAUGCAGCAAAUACAACAACAUCCAAGUCAGCAAAGACUGCAACCACAGGACCUGGGAAUACUAAGGUGGCAAAAUCUACAGCAGUGCCUCCAGGACCUCCAGUGUAUUUGGAUCUGGUGUACAUUCCCAACCACAGCAAUAGCAAGAACGUCGAUGUUGAGUUUUUCAAGAGGGUGCGGUCAUCCUACUAUGUGGUGAGCGGGAAUGAUUCUGCAGCUGAGGAGCCAAGCAGGGCUGUUCUGGACUCCCUGCUAGAGGGCAAAGCACAGUGGGAGAGUAACAUGCAGGUUACCUUAAUCCCAACCCAUGACUCAGAAGUGAUGAGGGAAUGGUACCAAGAGACCCAUGAGAAACAGCAGGACCUCAACAUCAUGGUUUUGGCAAGCAGCAGCACUGUUGUUAUGCAAGACGAAUCUUUUCCUGCAUGCAAGAUUGAACUGUAAGAAUGAGACCAUGCACCGCAAGAUUAAACUUUGUUUCCAGAAAUUCUUCAGUUUGAAAACACCUUUUCUAAAAAAUCAACCCAUCUAUUUCAACUGCUGAACUAUAUACCUGCCAAAUGCUAUACUGUGUCACAGUGAUGCAAGUCACUAAUAUUUUUCAGACUUUGCUGAUUGCUAAGGGAAAUAACAGUAUUCCCAUAGUAGGGUUCAAAUUACUGCAAAAAUACAGAUCCAGUUUCAUCUCUGCUGAACGUUUGGAAACCAUGCACUAGCAACCCCAACUGACUUCUACCAGGUAGAGGCAUUUGCCCUCUAAAGAAACACAAGGAGAUAGAGAGAGGGGUAGGAGGAGAAAGUAAUAAAUAAUUAGAUCUGCAUUAGUCUCAUGGCAAUAGAUGUAUCGCUUACUGCAGUCUGCUUAUGCUCUCACAUGAAAAGGAAGUUUUAAAUUUAUAUCAAUCUGAGCUAUCGCAAUGGGGAUACUUUUUACAGAAUUAAGGUAGCUGAAA